AUGGCGUUGGGCGAAGUUAUAUUUCGUGUGCCGUUUCUGGUCCUUUUAGAGUGGUUCCUUUGCGUGGAUAUCGCACAUUACAGUGAAUGGACGCCUUAUGCAAGAUUAAUGCAGCUAUCGGGUGAGUUUGAUCUCAUUUUGAUCACAUUAACGUGUUUUUUAAAGGCUUUAAAGCCAUGGUAUAGGUGAUUAUAUAUCCAGUUUUUUGUUACGUUUUUUGUUACGUUUUUUGUCGAAUUUAGUUAUUUUGAGCUUAAAGAUACGCUGAUCAGGCGUCCUAGACUUUCAGUCCGUUAUCCAUGUUUUAGAAUUUUAUCAUAAGCUUGAACCCAUCAAUGGUAGUUGGUAUAUCAAUCAGCCCUGUCUCUUUGACUGUGUGUUUACAUGAGCAAGCAGUUUCGGAAGUUCCUGCUGUCGUGAGAAUGAACCUUUGGCCAAAGACCUUUUUUUAAUUACAUUUUUUCCUUUAUUGCGAAAUUAAAAUAAUGUAGUAAAUCUAAGCUCAUCGCACUUAUUCUAAAUGCCAUUUGGUGGACCAGAGAAGCAAUACAAGUAAAUGAUUAUGCUCCUUUCACUCUCUCUGGGCUAUGAUGUUUUCGCCCUAGUUUUCGUUAUUUUUCAAUGUCUUAACAUAUCUGAAAGGGAAUGCAUAAUCAUUUUGUCCUAUGUAUUUAAUACUUACUGUUGUGAUAUCUGUUUUAGUUAUUAUAAUUAUAACUACUAUUAUUUCUUAAUGGUAUUUAUAUGGAAACAAACUAUUGAAAAAAAUUAACCCUUUAACUCCCAUGAAUGACCAAGAUAGAAUUUCUCCUUACAAUAUCAAUACGAUAUCAAACAGGCAAGUGAUGAGAAUAAACAAAAACAUCAACAUGAGGAUUAGUAGUUGAUCCCAUACCAAAUUCUCAGCACUUACAUGAUAAGAAUUGUAUGCUAGACAGUAAGGAGAAUUAUUCAUGAGAUCUUGGGAGGGGGUUAACAAGAGUACACAACAUUCUGUAUCAGGAGGUCUGUCUUUAACCAUAACUUAUAUUAAUGACCCAGUUCUAUUGCAUUUUUUUUUUUAGGAAUUGUUUUAUGUUUGGUACUAUCCCUUCUUGGCCGAGAUGAACUCAUUAAUUUCUACAGCCACUCUCUUUUCAUCACUGUGGUGACAUUUAUGCUGUACCUGAAUGCAUACAACAGCUUAAAUCUGUACAAUGCCUUAGAGGAACAAGGUCUCUCAAAGUUGAUUACGGAAGAUGGUGCAAUAUUUCUGCUAUUAAUGAUAACUGGAGCUUGGAUGGUGUAUUUAAUAUCACUUGGAAUGUACUCACGGGUGUAUAACUCUUUGAAACCAGUUAUGUUUUCAAUGGCAGCAUUCCCUGUUAUGUUACGGCAUAUGUCAGCUUCAAAUCAGAAAGAUGAUCCAUCCUUAUGGCUCUGCAUUUGCUUUGGUUUUGCAUUUUAUUUGGCUAUAACAGGCACCUACCAGUGCAUUCAUGAUAUUGUCACGCAUUUUAUUACAUCAGCACAAAUUAUCCAGUGGAUGUACAGAAUGUAUGGGUUGACUGUCACUGUUGUGUUUCACUGGCGCAGAGUGAAAGUUCCGUUCUGUAUGAUGACUCUAUGGGGGAUAUUAUUUUUAUACAACAGUUUGAGUUUUUUGCUGUUCUCCAGUGAAUCAGUGACAGUUUUGCAGCUGUUUAAUUUAACAAUGGCCUUAACUUGCAACUCAGUUCUCUCAAUGACAUCAUGUUGUUUCAUAAUUUACAAGCUAUCUGGAUAUAUACUGAAUAUCAUCAAACGAUACCAUCAUGAGGAUAAUAUUGCCCCCCCUGGUGACCCUUACAGCUCUCCUGAUGGUCUUAGAGAAGGUUUCGGAUUUUUCUUUCUUGGUCUUUACACUGGACUUUCAAGUUCAAAGAUAAGUAGAAAGCUUGUGCUUUUGGAAUUGAUUUUUUAUCUAAUCAUUUCAGCUUUAGCAAGAUCAAUGUUUGAAAUAACUGAACCUGUUCUCUUGGGGCUUGCAUCACAACCAAGCAUCAUCUACCGCAAACAUUUACGUGUUUUGUCAUUUUGCAUUUCACUCCUGGGAGCAUCUAUUUAUCUGGCAGUAAAUUUGUACUUUUUAAAAGAGAAAAUUCCUUUCAUUACUCCAAAUGUCAUUACCAUUGCUCAGAUAAUUGCUGCACUUGUAUUGUACUUCUUGUAUGUGUAUGAGUCCCAUCAAACUCAAAUAUGGGAAGAACUGGAUGACUAUGUGUACUUCAUCAAUGGCUCCUGUAAAGUUUUUGAAUUUGUGGUCAUCUCCGCCGUUCUUUUCUACAGAGUUUGUGACUUCAGUUUAGAGUGGACACUGUUUCAAAUUGUUAUGGCAGUGCUGCAUCUCUACUUUAAUAUCUGGACUCCUGCAAAGGAAGGUUGGCUGAGUUUAAAACAGCGUCAUCAGGUGAAUCAAAAACUGAACUCAUUGCCAUCAGCAACAGAGAAAGAAAUUGAUGAACUUGAAGAUGUUUGUUCAAUCUGUUUGGAGGAGUUGAAAGCUGCAAAAGUAACUCCUUGUAGACAUUAUUUUCACAGUUUAUGCCUUCGAAAAUGGUUAAAUGUCCAAGACAAAUGCCCCAUGUGCCAUACAGCUCUGCUAUCACUAUAAACAUAGAAACUUUCUCUCUGCAACUCUUUUAAGACAAGGCACAUUUUACAUCAAGUCUUUGUCACAUGCUAUACCCAGUAGUCACUGCAACUGAAGGCCUGGCACAUCUGGUAAUUUGUCACUGCGACUUGUUCUAGAUGUAGUUUCAAUAUGCACAGAGGGACUUAAGUUGCAGAAACUGGCUGGUGUGGUUUGCUGUCAGUAUUUUGCAACCUUCAAGCUAUUGUAACAGGGUGAUUUAUGACUAACAUUCAAGAAAUGUGCAAAAUUAAUGAGUUACUACUUGAUUACAGAGAAAGGGACAAAAGUUAUUUGAUGCUGUUUUUAAUCUGUACCACAGCAUAAUUAGGGAAUAAUUGUUUUUUUCUUUGCGUAAUUGGUGAGCUCAAUUGUGAACUUUGGGGGCUAGAAAUGAGGAGACUAUCAGGUAUUGAUUGAGUGGUGUGAUUAUUUAAACAAAGCUGAGUGACUGUCUUAGUUUAACAAAACUGUGUCCUAAACAAUUCUUUAUUCAGCUGAACCUUUUAUCUGAACAUUUGUUUUUAAUUAGUGAACAGUGUUAAGAGGGCCAAGACCUAACAGUGGAAGGACAUUUGUUUCAUUAAAUCAACCCUCUUAACCCUUUAACUCCCAGAAGUGAUUAACAUGUAACUUCUCCCUAUAAUAUCUAUACACUAUCCAGCCAACAGGUAAUGAGAAUACUCAAACUUAUCAAGUAGAAGUUUUUAACUUGAUCAAACACCAAAUUCUUGUAACUAUCCUACAAGGAACUGUGUAACAGCUAGUGAAGAGAAUUAAGAAUCAGAUCCUGGGAGUCAAAGGGUUAAAGUGAAAGCCAGAGGCCCACUGAUUGUGUAAAACUGUGGUUUGGGUUAGACCUCAUGAAAAUAACAGGCCCAGUGAGUGUACUGAACAUAGAGCCAAAUCAAAGAUGGCUGUUAAACAGUGAUGAUUAUUUAUAUAACCAAUUUGUUUUAAAAUAGAAAUGUUCCUACAUACUUUGGCUGGCUGAGCUUGUAACUCCUUUCAAACUCAGGGUUUUUACAGCCAAGAUAUAUUAAAGUUUAAAAUGUCCUUUGUUUGAAUAGUUCUGAAGAAUUACCCCAUGAUUGCUUAAACAAUCACUGAUAAUCAUAAUUAUCUAUGUAAAUAUCUAUUUAUAACUCUUUCAGUCCUACAAGUGACUAAUGAGUGAUUUCUCCUAACAAUAUCAAUGCAACAUCAACCAGAAACAUGAUGAGAAGAUAGAAAAUUAUCAGCAGGGGGCACGUUAUUUGAUUCAACACCAAAUUCUCAGAGCUACAAUCACAAGAAUGCAUAGAAGACAUAUUGGGGAAUUUGUAUCAAGAUGGAAGGAGUGAAAGGGUUAACAAAUAGAUUCCAUGUUGCUGUACUCCUGUUCAGUAAUAGAUCAGAGUUGGUGACAAAAUGUGGUAAGAAUUUUAAAGUGGCACACAAGGCUGCAGCAGGUUGUGUCACUAAUACUCCACCACAUUUUGACAUAAUCUUUGAUUACUGUACAGAUCUGCACCAACAUAGAAUCUCUUUGUUGAUAAGCAAAAUGUUGUUAAUGGUGAUGUUAUCUUUGUGUUUGUCCUCCAAUGGCUCAUAAGUAAUAACCGAUCAAAAUGCUUGCAUAUUUCAGCUUAUCAUAUGAUAAAAUAAUGCUACACUGUACUAUUUGGUGUAACAUGAAAAACUAACCAGUACAGUGUUUCUUUGAGCUCCUAAUACAAAGAUAUUCAAAAUAUUAGGCAAGGACUUAUGGUAAUAGAAUUGUACAUGUUUAUGUACAGUUUGUUGUAUGUAUUCCAAUGAGAUGCCUUUAUAGUCUGAGAAAAUAAUUGUAAGCUGGCAAUGCUAAGUAAAAUUCAGUGUGUAUAUUCCAAGGGAAGACAAAUUUAAUUAAAGAGGAAUAGAUACAUGUUGUAAGUAUUCUUUAAGUAACAUGAUCUAUUUUGUUAGCUUUAAUAGGAUUAUGAAAUUUAGUUUAAAAUGUUAGAAACAAUAAAGCAAGUUUAUUUUUUAAUGC